AUGGCUUCAAAAUUACCGGCACACAAAAUUAUUUUAGCCGCUGGUAGUGAAGUAUUUAAAGCUAUGUUUUUUGGUAGCUUUGUAUCAGAAUAUAAUGAAAUUGAAAUACCUGAUAUUGAACCGGCUGCAUUUGUCAUUGAGCCAGAAACAGUUAUUGAUACUUUAUAUGCAGCACGAAAGUAUGAUUUACCUGCUUUAGAAAACCAUUGUGUUGAAUUUUUGGAAAAGAAUAUAGCUAAUGAUAAUGCUUUUUUGUUGAUAACACAGUCACGUUUAUAUGAAAAACCAAACUUGGAACAGAUUUGUAUUGAUUUUUUGAAAAAAAAUGUAGAGAUGGAUAAUGCCAUUUCAUGGCUAAUGGAAGCUCGAUUUUACGAGCUACCUGACUUAGAACAGAAAUGUGUUGAUUUUUUGAAAAAUAAUGUAGCCAGUGAUAAUGCUUUUUCAUGGUUAAAAGAAGCUCGAUUUUACGAGCUACCUGACUUAGAACAGAAAUGUGUUGAUUUUUUGAAAAAUAAUGUAGCCAGUGAUAAUGCUUUUUCAUGGUUAAAAGAAGCUCGGUUUUUAAACCUACCAGAAUUAGAACAUAAAUGUGUCGAUUUUUUGAAAAAUAAUGUAGAUAGUGAGCAUGCUUUUGUAUGGUUAAAAGAAGCUCGAUUUUUUGACUUACCAGAAUUAGAACAGAAAUGUGUUGACUUUUUGAAAAAGAGUGUAGCUGGUAACAAUGCAUUUUUAUGGUUAAAGCAAGCUCAAUUUUAUAAUUUACCAGAAUUAGCAGCAUCUUGUCUAGAUAUGAUAGAUAAAAAUACAGCUGAAGCAUUGGAUGCUACUGAGUUCACUCAAAUUGAUUUGGAUACUCUAAUUUUGAUAUUAGAACGAGAUACGUUGCAAGUGUUUGAAUCGAAACUAUUUCAAGCUAUUGUGACAUGGUCAGAAGCUGAAUGUGUCAGAAAACAAUUUCUUUUAGCACCAAGAAAUCAACGUUCUGUCUUAGGACGAGCCCUCAGUUUAGUACGUUAUUCAUUAAUGACAAUCAAAGAAUUUAAAAAAGGACCAAUUCAUAGUGGCUUAUUAGAUUAUGCAGAAGUUAAAAAAUGGAAGAAAGAAAUACUAUCAAAUACAAACUCUACGGAAAGACUCAGAUGUAGUAAGAAUAAUUUUGAAAGUUAUUUAAAAUUUGAUAUUGAAUUAACGCCAAUGUCGAUAGAACCUGGAUGGUUUCUCCAUCGAUUUAAAGCUAGGAAAAAUAUAUUUAUUGUUGGUUUUAUUGUCCUUAACAUUUCAAAAAAUAAGUCUAAUGUAAAAUUAGUAUUGUGGAACAAAAAUACACCUGAAUGCAUUUUUAAUCAGACCAAGAAUUUAUCUCCAUCUCCUGAUACUUUAACUUUUUUGUUAAACAAACCUAUUACGUUAAGUAAGGAUAACUGUGAUUGGUACUACGUUCGUGUUAAUUUUGAUGAGUUAGCUGACGAUCGACAAAUGCCGAAUUGGCGACCACUAUCAUGUGGUGUAAUUGACCAACGCGGACAAAAGUUAAAGGAUAUUUCUGAUUAUUUUGAAUGGUGUCCACACAAAGAGAACAGUAAUGUUAUUUCUGAAAUUAUAUUUUAUGAGUAAAAAUGAAGUUCAUAUUUUACCUAUUAA